AAGAAAAGCACUUCAGGACAUGCUCAGAAAGUUAAACUUGGAGAAGAAUCGAAGCAAGAAAUUCUCCCUGCAAGAAGUCCUAGAAAUCAGUUCAGAGAGUCUCAAGGAAUGCACUCCCAGUACAAUGGAAGACUUGCCAUGGCAUUUUCUGAGGAAGGUCUUGGCUCUGAAUGUCACAGCCAGGAGCACAAGCCUUCAGAAGGAGACAUUUGGUGAUCAAAGAGGAAACAAGGAGAAAAAGAGGAUUGAUGAGGGUAUCUUUCUCAGUGUCAAGAUGGAUGUGAGAGUGUCUGUGAACCCCCUCGAUGUCCUUUGUGCUGUUCUGCUCUGUUCUGACAGUUUCCUCCAGCAGGAGAUCCUUUCCAAAAUGUCCAUGUGCCAGUUUGCUUUGCCUUUACUUCUGCCUCCUUUAGAGACAUCCCAUUGCACUCUGAUGCUGUGGGCCAUGAGAGACAUCGUGAAAAAAUGGAGGCCCCAUUCCCUGGUUGACAGCAGGGGCUUUAGAGAGGAGAGCCUGGUGCUCACGUCCAUGCCGACCAUCUCCUUUGUAAGGAUCGGAAGUCUGAGUUUCUCCAAGUCCAGACUCCUGAAUGAGUUUCUCAGUCCCUCCCAACACCACCAUGAUUUCUUCAUACACCAGGACAUGGAGGGUGGGAACAUCCCUCGGGAAAUUGCUGAUGGACUUGUAGAGAUAGCCUGGUAUUUUCCAGGAGGGCAGAGGAGUUCAGAUCUCUUCCCAGAACCAGUAGCAGUUGCAAAUCUUCAUGGAGGCAUUGAAUCCCACCAGGCGCAGUUUAGAUUUUUGUCAGAGGUUUCUUCAGCUGUGUUUAUAUUUGCUGAAUGUAUUAGCAAAAGAGAAUAUAACAUUUUGUCAUUGCUGAAGGAAUCGUCAACUGAAUACUACUUUAUCUUGGAAUAUCAUGGCAGAAAUGUCAGUGAAACUUUGGAUUACUUACAAGACUUGGCUCCAGUGCUUAAACUCAGCAAUUCAAAUAUACUAGUAAAAGCAGCCAAGACUAAUACAGCAAAACUUGUAGAACAGCUUCGAUCUACCAUUGGAAGAAUAAUCAGUGCCGAUCCCAAGAGGGUGACCAUUGACGGCAUGGCUGCUGUGGCUCGUGAGCUUUCAUUCCACGUAGAUGAAGACUGCCAAGAAUGUCAGGAUGCACGUAGAUGUAUGUCAGAAAUCACAGAAGAUGUAAACGAUGUAGCACUGUACAAGAAAGAAAUGCUGAAACUCCAAGGUGAUCUCUGGAAAACCUUGGCAAGUGUGGAGAAAGAACUAUGCAGGAUGGAAAGACAAGGGGACAUGCCUUCAGAAAAGUACCGAUCUGAACUAAAAGGCAAAUUGAUGCUUCUCCGUCAACAGCAAAAUGAUUGUGAUCUCACUAUAGGUCUGAUAAAUUUCAUCCAUGGCAUCAAAGAUUCAGGGUCAGCAAAAAAGCAUUAUUUCUUAAAAUGGAUGAAGUUCAAUCUGGAUUACAUUGCUAGGGCCAGCCUUUCUAAAUUACGGGCUCAGUAUAAAGACAAAUGCAAGUUGUUAGGAGACGAUGCUCAGAAGGUGGCAGAAGUAGACCAACUGAUUUCUUCAUCCUCCUUGGGUGUCGAGCAUUUCAUGAGAGAGCUGGGUCAGUUUUAUGAGGCAGAAUGGUUGAUGGUCAGAGAAGACAAACUAUCUAGAAAUAGAAGGCAGUUUGCCCAUUUCCCCAGCAUUGCUGCUGACCUGAUGCUGGAAGGGUUUCCUCUAGAGCUGAUUGAUGGAGAUGCUUCCAACAUUCCCCUGCAGUGGAUAAUUGAUAUUUUGACUAAACUCAAUAACAAGCUGAAAAGGCGAUCCAAGAUGUUUGUGAUAACUGUGCUGGGGGUGCAGAGCACUGGGAAGUCCACCCUUCUCAACACCAUGUUUGGACUGCAGUUUGCUGUGAGCAGCGGCCGAUGUACACGAGGGGCCUUCAUGACUCUUCUUAAGGUCCGAGAGAACUUGAUUCAGGAGCUGGGCUGUGAUUUCAUCCUGGUGAUUGACACAGAAGGGCUGAAAGCUCCUGAACUGGCCAAACUGGAAGACAGCUACCAACACGACAAUGAGCUGGCCACUCUGGUGAUUGGGCUGAGUGAUGUAACAAUAGUAAACAUGUCCAUGGAGAAUGCCACUGAAAUGAAGGACAUCCUGCAGAUUGUGACUCAUGCGUUCCUCAGAAUGGAGAGAAUUGGGCAAAAACCCAACUGCCAGUUUGUGCAUCAGAAUGUCAGUGAUGUUUCUGCACAUGACCAAAAUAUGAGGGACAGGAAACAUCUCUUGGAACAACUCAAUGAAAUGACCCAGGCUGCAGCAAAAAUGGAAAAACUUGGCAGAGAUAUCAAGUUUUCAGACAUCAUGGAUUAUGACCCAGAAAUACACACCUGGUACAUUCCAGGCCUGUGGCACGGAGUCCCACCUAUGGCCUCAGUCAACCGGGGAUACAGUGAAAAGGUCUUUGAGUUAAAGAAGUACCUGUUUGAAUUCUUCAGGGAUCGUUCUGUUAAAAGGAGUCCCAAAGAUAUCCCUCAAUUUAUCGAGUGGACUAAGAGUCUUUGGAAUGCUGUGAAACAUGAGAACUUCAUCUUCAGCUUCCGAAACAGCCUCAUAGCAGAAGCUUAUAACCACCUGUCUGCCAAAUACUCUGAAUGGGACUGGAGUUUCCGCAGAGAGAUGCACCUCUGGGUGUCUGAGCAAGAAACGCUGAUACAGAAUGCAUCUCCUGAUGAGCUUGAUUGCUUGCACUGGCGACAUGAGCUUCAACAGAAACUGUUAUGUGGUGAGCAACAGAUUUUGGAGAGCCUGGAGAAAUACUUUGAAACUGGUACAGCAAAUCUGCAUCUGGUGGAAGAGUACAGAGAAGAUUUUGUGAGAAGUGCCAACAGUCUCAAGCAUGAACUAGAAAGUUAUUCUUACAGUAAAUGUAAUGAUUCCAUUCACAUUAAAAAGGGACGGUACAAGAUUGAUAUUCUUCAAAUGGAAUACUUGAAAGUAAUUGAAGGAAAAGUUGACAGGCUUCUGGAAGAUUGGGGGAAAGAAAAGCGCAGAUUGGUUGAUCAAGAGCUGAGAAGAGUGUUUGAUACAAUGUGGACAGAAACAUUGUCAGAAAUAUCACUUGUUCCUCUAGAGAGACAGGAAAUUUUUCUAGAUAUUGAGUUGUGUUUCAGGAAGGACUUGUCCCAUCGUGGAAGCUUAGUCAACCUAAAAGUACAAGCAGCAAAAAGUUUGUUAAGCUACAGGAUGGACAACUUUCAGAUGAAAUCAGAGUAUAUAAAUCCAUCAUUCUGGGACCAUGUGAAGAGCAUGUUUUCUAAAAGGGAGCAUUUGAGUAAAGCUGAAGAACUUGCUAAAUCAUUGAUGUCCAAAUGCAUGGAGUACAUUAAUGGAAAGGCCAAUUCUGGAGGAGAUUAUCAUGAAACCUAUUGCGGAGAACUUUUGCAUAUCAUCAAUCAAAUGCUUCAGCAGGGUGAGGUUCAAAAACUUCAUACAUCACCUUCCUUUGAAGUGGACUUGAAGCUUCACAUUUUUGGAGAAGCAGCUCAUUUUUUUCAAAAGAUGCAUGAAGAUUUCAUUAAGGAAAAUGAUCCCCGGGUACGCCUGGAGAAACUGAAACCUCAGUAUUUCUCCACUUUCAGAGAUCUUUAUCUGGAAAAAGAUGCCCAUCAAACCAGCGCUAAGAAUUUCUGUGACCAGUGUCUCCAUCCUGCCCUGCUGGAUUAUGUCAACAGAAAACUUGGUAUCGUUAUAGUGGACAACAUUGUCAGUGGCACCCAGUCCAUGAGAUAUGUCAGCCGGAGUUUCUUCCAGUUUACAGUUCUGAAGGAGCUGUUGGAAGACAGAAAUGUUGACAACUAUGUGAAAUAUAUGAGAUCCUAUGAAAAAUUUGUGAAGAGCUGGAUCAUGAGAAAAAUACUGGAGCACUAUGCAGACAGACAGUCUCUCAGGAAUCUGGAGAAGGACAUUCUCUCUGCAAUAAUAAAGAAAAUUGUAGAAAUGCUGGAGAUCCUGAAACAGAAAUGUUUUAAGAUCUCAGAAUUUUUAGUAAUUUUUUGGGAAAAAAUGCAGAAGGAGCUAGUUAUUUCUAAAGACAGCUUGCUGGGAACACAGUUUAAAAAGAUGUCUGAUCCUGGACAAUUUUCUGUCUGUGUUGAAAAUUGUCUUCCUGAUUUGGAAAAACGAAUACUAUCUGAGUUCGAUGCCCUGGAACUUCAAUCCAAGCUCUCCAAACUGCCUGUGAAGCCCCAGGAUGAGAUCUUCAAGCGAGUAUUCGGCUGUGGGAAGCAAUGUCCCUUCUGCCAAAUCCCCUGUGAGGCUGGAGGGAGUGCCCAUAAGGAGCAUUUUGCAGCUGUCCAUCGCCCCGAAGGACUGGGAAGAGUUAGAUGGGAAAAAACAGAAAAGCUUACGUAUGAAUUAUGUUCCACUCUUGUGGUUUCCCAGUGCAGAUUCAGAAAUGCAGAAACUGAAGGGGAAUGGCAUCCAUACAAAGAUUACCGAUUCUACUAUCCAGAUUGGUGCAUCCAACCAGAUCCCAGUAUUAAUGCUUCAGAUUACUGGAAGUUUGUUUUUAAAGAGUUCAAUCAUGAAUUUGCACAUCAGUAUGAAGCUAAACCAGCAGACCUGCCCAAGGCCUGGAAAAAUAUAACCCAGAAACAGGCAUUGGAGGCAUUAAAAGUAACCUACAAUAUGAAGUAAGCACCAGCAUCCUGAAUUAGUUUGAUUUACAGUAAACGUGUGAAGUUCCAUCAAAAUUUGGCUUUAGCGGGACUGGAUUGCUUAAACUGUAAUUUCUCCUGAUGCCAUGUGAUUCCACACAUUACAACAAGGUUACAUAUCUAGUUUAAUAAAGUAUGUAUUCUUUGAUAAAUGAUGACUGAAAGAUGUCCUACACCAAAUUAAUGACAAAAAUCUGCAGUCAAAUACUUAUUUUUGGAAGUAUUUAUGUGCUGUCAUAGAAAUUAGAUAAGGAAAAUGAAGUUUCGCCCCACUGAUAGAUAGGAUAGUUUCUUUGCUUCUGGGGCAUUGUAUGUGGGGGCUGAGAAGAUGGAUCUUUCUCAUCCAAAGUUGAAGCAUCCCACAAAACAUGCAACCUUUUCUUGGAUAAUCAAGAAAAGGGGUCCCUAGAUACUUUGAAGGAUGCCCAAACUGAGGAUAAUAAUUAUAUAUGUGCACAGGUUAGUUUGCCCAGUCUUAGUUUCUGUUUUGAGUCAUUUAUAGGAGAAUGUUUGCAAUGGAGCUGGUGACCUGUACCUUCCUGCAUGGUUUUAUGUGGAAUUUUGUUGCCUUCUCUUUCUCCCCCCCCCCCCCCCUUUGCCAUCUUGCGUCCAAAGAUUGGUGCAUAUUAAUGCUACUUUUCUUGAGUGGCAACUGCAUUGUGUUACAAACUGCUUUCAGUCUGAAAAACAGCUUGUGAUAGUCAGUGGUGCACACUGAAGCAAGCUCAUGCAUUUUCUUUCAUAAUAGAGCUAGUUGGAUUGUAACACCUGUCUUUCUUCCUUAUCUCUUUUUGUGAAUCAUAACAGUAAGGGGUUGUAACUUUCUAAACACUUAUGCACAUAUAAGAAAACCAGUUGAGAGAAGUUUUCAUUUCUAAACCUUACUAUGUAGCUAUUAUUAUAUGUCUCAAAUUUGACUUUUAUAUCACUUUUCUCAUUUAUUGUAGCAUUUCCUAUUUACAAAGAGAAAAUAAAAGAAUUAUCAGUAGCAGUA